UGCCGGGUCUGCGCCAGGGCCCGCGGUCUCCCGUCUGCGGCUCUCUGCGGUCUGCGCCCGCCGCUGCCAGUGCUCUUUUGAUCGUCGCAAAGAGUGGGUCGUAGCGCAACGUUUCACAAGACUCCUGAAUGGCUUGAGCUUGCAGCGACUCGCUGCACAUGAUCCCUGACUCGAAAAUCUAAGUUUGUGUUACUAAAGCAUAGAGUCUAGGGGUGGCUUGGUGCCCUGGCCAGAUGGAGUGAUCAUGUUCAAGUGGUGAUCACUGGAAAAGUAAAUAAUAAGCCUGUGACUUGGAAGUAAACAGUGAUGGCCGGUGGGGAGUCCCUGCGGGCGGUGCUGCUGAAGAGCGGCGCCAGCAACAUGGAAGGGCGGAGUGGGGGCCGGCGGAGUGCCAGCAGCCGAGGCACUAACAGUCAUGUAGGGAUAAGAGGGGGAGGGCAUGGAGGGCUGACCUGGCGUUCCCUAAGGUCAAUGUCUGGCACUGCGGACACAACUGACCCCCAAGGGCACUUCUUCCCCGCCAAGCUGGCUCUGUCACUGGGACUCAUCAAACUCUUUCUGGCCCUCUUGAUGGUGGUCCUCGGCGCCCUGGCGUUGGCCCUUAACGCUGCUAUGGCCACGCUCGGGGUGGGACUCUGGGCAGGCGCGGUGGCAGGACUAGCCGGGUUUUUGGGUGUGUGUGCGUCGCGGCGCCCGUACGUGCAGGUUUACGUGGUGAGCUUCAUGUGCGUGGCCAUCCUCUGCAUAGUGUCGUCCGGGCUGGUGAUCAUCCUAUCGGCGACGGCGUGGGCGAGGGAUGACCAGUUCCCGCGUGCGGUUUAUGUGGACAAGGAGACGCAGGAGGAGGUCGAGGUGCUUGGCGAAGUGUUGGUGCAGCGGCCCGCCGUGCUGGUGUCUGGGGCGCUGGUGCUGCUCGGCGUGCUGGACUGCAUAGUGAGCCUCGCCUGCGUUGCCGUGUGUGCCAGGGAGGCGUGCGGGCUGCACUCAAAGGGCACCGACCAAGUCCACGGCCUGUCUGAGGGUCACAACCGGAAGGAAAGAUUGUACCGCUGGCUGGGUCAACAGAAAACCAUCUUCCCCAUUGGCUCUUCGCACAAUCCAGCAAGGGGAGUGUCUUCCAUCUCCCAAUUUGUGCCUCUCUCUUCCUCGGACUCCUCCUAUUCAGCCACACCGAGAAAGGCCUCAAGCGAUCCUACAUCUCGUUCCUCAACCCUGCCGUCUUCCACCUCUCACAAGAUCCAUAAACUUUCUGAUGGCACUGCCGCACCCUCUCACAUUUCUUUCAAAACUGAACACACUUCUAUCCCCUCCAUUCUCAAGCCUUCUGCUCUCCCUAUCAUCAACCAUGGUCCCCACUCCCUUCCUCCUCCAACAACAUACCUUCCUCCCUCCAAGCACCCUCAACACUUCCCCCAUCACCCCCAAGACCACCGCCAUCCCAUACCUAUGCAUAUGUCUCUGCCUUACCCACACCCCUCCUACCCACACCACUUUCCACCACACACAGCCCAUCCUUCCCUGUACUACCCACAAGUCAUGACCCCCAUGAUGCCAGUUCCUCAACAUCUACAGGAUCAGGAACAUCAUCAACGAACAAAUAAGAGGAGAGAUGGUGGCAAACAUAAACACAAGAAGGGAAAACAUGAGAAAAGGAAAUCAAAGAAACCCAAGAAAGAACUGACAGAUGAACAGAUUGAACGUACCUACACGGGCCUUGACAGAGAACUGGCAGAAGAAUUCAUAGACAACACCAUGGAGCCUGGCCUUUCCAUUCAGAGGGCUUUUAGCAACAGUUUUGAGCAGGACUCAUUUUAGUUUUUAGCAAUAAAAUAAGCUUACUAAUAUCUAUUCUGUAAGAUAUGAAAACAAUGCACAUAACACUAUAUUUUUGUUUAUAUUUGUUAGGUAGAUUAUAAUGAAUACUAGAUUUAUAUAUUUGAGAACAAAAUUGCUUGCAGUGCCAUAAUGAUUCUGUAUUAAGGUACAUACAUUAUA